AUGAAGCGUGGUUUCCUCAACAACCCCAAGGCUAAGAACGCGCACAACUCGCCGUCCUCGAAGAAGGGCAUUGCGGCUGUAGUAUUAGAAGGAUCCAAGGUGCCAAUGCUGCCUUACGGGAAAGUAAAAGACCCAGGAGUCCCGGAGGACUACAAAUGCGAAGCCACCAUGCGACCCCGUGGAAUCAACCUGCCGAUCCCGAUGGUCAUAGCGAAUGGGUCUCCCAUCCCGAAACCUCGUCAUCCGAACAUUUGCGUGGUCAAGCCGGUACCCGGCGCAGGCUUGGGUGUGUUCACGACAUGCGACGUCCAGGUCGGCGAGCUAAUCUUUUCCGAGCGGCCGUUGCUCGUCGCACCUUGUGGCCUGUCCCCACCGCUGGAAGAUAUUCCGGACCACUACUCCUCUCAACAGAUUCAGCAAAUCAUCAUGUUUGAGCGUGAGGAGCUCCUGCAGCACGCCGUCGGUCGCAUGUCGGAUGAACAGCGGGCAGCAUUUAUGUCACUCGCCAAUGCGCAUAUGGAAGAUGGGAGCGGCCCGAUCCUCGGGAUUAUAAGGACAAACGCCUUCAGCAUUAGCAAUGUGGGAGAUGGGCCCGACCCGCCUCCCGGCAGACGCUAUCCACCCGAAGCGAGUUACUCUGCUGUCUGCGAACUCGGGUCUCGCAUCAAUCACAGGUAUAGACUUGCAUGCCGAACGUUGCUGUCGCAUUCAAACGCUCCUCCUGUUCAAUGCAAUUCAGCGCGACCCGAGACAUCAAGGCGGGCGAGCAGCUGCAAGUGCCCCGCUUGCUUGAAUGCGACAUCUGCCACAGACAGGCUACGUAUCGAAUUUCCGGACAAGGUCACCAAUCUCGUCAACCAGGCUGGGGUCUGGCUUCAAAGCCUUCAUCAAGAGAGCGACUUCCUCGACUCAGUGCUGCAAUACGAAAAGAAAGUGAUUGCAGAAGGCCUCCAUUCUCAACAUUUGUACCAGUACAUCUUUCGCAUCAUCGAUAAAAUGUACCGCAAAUUAGGAAUGCACGACAAGGCUAAACCCUACGCCGAUCUCGAGCACCGUUGGAGUUCUAUGGCAAGUGACCAGGAUUGA